GUACCCUGGUGAGCUGUUUUGGAAUGAUGCCACCUUCACCAAGCAAGUCCAAAAGCAUCCACAAGUCAUCUGGGAAAUUAUUUCGACAUAAAGAAAAAGAACGUUCAGGUAGCAGCAGCAGCAGUGGUAGUGGAAAUAAUGGAAAUAGCACCAACAGUAGCAGCAGUGGUAGCAGCAACAACAUCAGUAGCAGUAACAAGAGAGAUGACCCGCUUGAUUUAAAGGACUGUCCCCUUUCUCUCCCAGUGGUGGGCUCUCUUGAUCACACACGGUCCUUGCCUCGCUACACCUCCUUGGUGAAUGCAGAGGGGGUGUCCAUGGAGGAGCUUGAUGGACUACAGUUGGAGCUGGAGUUACUGCUGUCCUCAGUGUUGGUGCGACAGAUGGCUGUCAACACACAGCUUACCAUUAUCCACCAGCUAGAGAAAGGGAAAAUAGUCUCCAAGCCUCCUGUAUCACCUGGUAAAAAAAUGAAGCGAGAGGAUGGUGAGAGACCCUCCAAGAAGAUGAAAGAGGCCAAUGGAAAGCCAAGGGAUGUUGUUACCACACCUGGUCCACCGCCUGGGGUCAAGCCAUCUAAGGUUAAAUGUUCAGUCCAGAAGUAUGAACCAGUGUUUGAUGUUCCUGACUUGGGUCCUCCUGAGCAGCCCAAACCUCCUCCUCCCAAGAAUGACAUUACUAAUAGAUUCUGGGCUUAUGUGGAGCAGUAUUGCCAGGAGAUUACUGUAGAAGACAUAAAGAUGCUGGAAGACGUGAUUAAUGCUCCAAAUGAUGACAGUGACUACUACAAGACGCCUCCCUUGGGCCGCCAUUACACUCUACGCUGGGCCCAGGAAGAUCUGCAGGAUGAACAAAAGGAAGGCUUGAAACUGGUUGAGGGGAAGAAGAAGGGGAUCAAGGGAGAAUCUGGAAACUCUGACUUAUCUGAUAAAUUAUUGAAGGAAGUGGAUAUGAAUGGGUGUAGUGAUGAUGUGGCACCCUUGGGUCCCCUCACACAACGACUUAUUGCAGGCCUAGUGGAAGAGAAUGUCUUAGUCUCUGAUAUUGAAAAUAAAGGUGUGGAUGGCUUGGGUCUCACUAGACCUGGCUUGAUUAAGUCUUUAGUUGGGAGUGCAUCCAGUCUUGAAAAGAAAAUUAAGAAAGAAUUGCAAGAGCAAGGAGUUAUGGAAACAGAUUAUGGAAAUGAGGAUGACGAUGAUGAGAUUCUGAUGGAGCUGAGGCGAUGCCAGACUGAGCUUCGUGCUGUGUCCAACCAUAAUAUUUCGCAGCUGACUCGCCUGCUUAACUUGGCUCGGGAUUCCCUUGUGCGUCAUGACCUGAAAAAACGUCUCCGUGAUGCUGACCAAAAGGUGUUGGAGGCCUACCGAAACAUUGCAGCUUCACGGCAGAAGAAGAAGACUCCCUCCAAGAAGGACAAAGAUAUUGCAUGGAAAGCAAUUAAAGAUCGAGAAGGAAUAGUUAGACAACUAGAUUUAGCGUCUAAUAAUAAUUGCUAGAGAUGAUACGAUAAUGGAUGGAUAUUUAUAAAAUAUGACCAUAUAUAAAGCUUCUCGUAUUAUGCUUCCAGGUAUUCUUUUUUCUUCAAUGAGACGCACAAGGUUUCUUACAUAAUGUAUGAAGUAAAGUUGCCUUUCCACUAAGAAGUAUAUUUAACAUGUAUAUAUAUUUACUGUGUAAUGAUUUGAUUUUAUAUCUAUUGAAGAUCAAAGGGAAGGUUAUGCAAAAUUUAUUGUAGAUUGAUGUUUGAUAACACUAGAAAGGAAUAUUGUAAGUCUUGAUUGGAUGUUCAAUAUAUGACCUGUAUGCUACACAAAUUUUCAUAGAAACAGUGUUUGGAUUUUUCCAUGCGGUGCUAUUGGAAAAUACAUAGUGCUUUAAUUCAAAAGAGAAGUAAAAACACAUGUUUUUAUGUAAAAUUUACAAGAAAUUAUUUUCACCCAUAUUAAUAAAGGUAUUAAUUAUU